CGACAUUGAUUUUCACGCAGCGGGCGAGUCGUCCUCGCACAGUCGUCGUAUAGGUUAGUUGAACAUAACCCAAAAUCUUUGAUCAAGGUUGCAGCCGGUUUACUUCUGUGGUUAUGGCGUCCUUAGACGACAAGAAAAAGAAUGCGGCCAGCGAGCAGAAGGAGAAAAAGCGCAAGGAGUCGAUCCUGGACCUGUCCAAGUACUUGGAGAAAACGAUCAGGGUAAAGUUCGCGGGCGGGCGGGAAGCGAGCGGCGUCCUGAAAGGCUACGACCCCUUACUAAACCUCGUUUUGGACAACACCCUCGAAUACCUGCGCGAUCCGGACGAUCCCUACAAAUUAACGGACGACACGCGGCAAUUGGGCCUGGUCGUGUGCAGGGGAACCAGCGUAGUGCUAAUUUGCCCCAUGGACGGCAUGGAAUGUAUACAAAACCCGUUUAUUAGCCAGGAUUAAUUGUUUUUUUUUUUUUUGUUCUGAUAAGACAAAAG